AUGUCGACAUCGGAAGAACUCAAGACCCUCACGGCGGCCAUUAACUCUCUUCUCCAGUUUCAGCUACGAAACGAAACGGAGAGACAGAAUCCGGCAUCGAGGAAUCCGACGACAUCGCACUCCGAUCUCUACAAUCAGCUCAAUAAGCUCGGACAAACAGAGUUCGACAGGUUAGUGAAUCACGUCGCGCCUCAAAACCCGACGACAAUGCCGCAAAACGAAGUCAUCGAGACACUGAGAAAUCUCUUUCGCGAUAAAGUGCCGAUCACGCGCCGCCGCAUAGAGAUCUUAAACUAUCGAUACGUAAAGUCCGUUCCCAUCACAGAACAUAUCGGCCGCAUUAACCGUCAUGCAUCAGACUUUGAUCGCGCUAAGCUCACGGAUGACAAUCUCAGAGUUCUUUUGCUGUUAAAAUCUUUCUGCUACUCAAGCGAAAAUGACGAGCUUAAAAAAAUAACUUUACGUGUAGUCGAGAAGAAUCCAAACGCUUCACUCAAGGACAUCGUCGCGGAACUCGAAGCUCACAUGAACGUAUCGACUAGCCUAAAAAUGCUCGAAAACCCGGUAGCAAGUUCAUCUACGGCAGCUAUCAACGCGGUCCAUGCCAAACAGAAAAGCAAGACUCAGUCAAACCGCCAGUCAACGAAUAAGAAAACAGAUGUGAAGUACAACGGUUGUGGAGGCGCCCAUCAACGAUCGAAAUGCUCAUUCCGCGACGCGUUGUGCCACAAGUGCUCUCGGAAGGGCCACAUCGCUAAAGUGUGCCGGUCCGAAUCAAAGAACACGAAUACCGCCGCGAAAAGUGAAACUGCCGCGAAAAGUGAAGUUGCCGUAAAAAACGCAAGCCUUGUAACGCAGUCAAUUACCGCGGUCGGUAAGCGUCGUCGAAAAUACGCUACGGCAUUGGUGCUCGGUAAAAUCGUACAUCUGCAGUACGACUCAGGAUCGAACAUCAUGGUUAUCGGCAAAGACAAAUGGGAGCGACUCGGGUCCCCGAAACUCGUCGCGAGUGAAAUCGUUGAACACGCGGACGGAAGUGAAUUCGAAAUGAUCGGUAAAUUUACGGAGAAGACUCAAGUCUUCGAUCGCGAGGCAAAACUGGACAUUCACGUAGCUGACCGCGCUGACUACUCCACGGGUGUGAAUUGUCUUUUGGUCGACAACCGGCACCCGCUGCCCAACGUAGAAAGCGCUACAGCCAAACUUAACGGAAAUGCCUUCUUCAGCGUACUUGAUCUCAGUGAUGCGUUUUUCCAGCUGGAGAUCGCCGAGGAUCAUCGGGAAAUCACAACAAUCAUCACUCCAGCUCCCGCUGAAUUCCAGGAAGCCAUGGACAGCACACUAGCAGGAUUGGAUGGAGUGGACGCAUACCUUAACGACGUCAUCGUCAGAGGUUCCAAUCGGCGGGAACACGACUUACGUCUUCGGAAAACCCUCCAACGUCUCGAAGAUAGAGGCUGGAAACUUAGACUCGACAAAUGCAACUUCGCGCUAGAAGAAAUCAAAUUUCUCGGGCUAAUCAUAAACGCUCAAGGCAUAUCGGCCGACCCAGAAGCCACCCGUGCAAUAGCAAAUAUGCCCAAACCUACAAACGUCGCAGAAGCUAAAAGCUUACUCGGUAUGGUGAACCACUAUGGGAAAUUCAUUCCCCACCUACACCAAAUCAAGCAUCCAUUGGAAGAUCUCACCCGGAAGAAUCGACCCUGGAUCUGGAAUCAACAACACAAUCAAACAAUAGAGCAAAUCAAAAAGAUUAUGCUUAGCCCACUUCUUUUAGAGCAUUUUGACCCAUCAAAAACCCUCGUCGUUGCGGCUGACGCCUGCUCUACGGGAAUAGGAGGUGUCUUACUACAACGAGAUUCGUGCGGACACGAACGAGCUGUGUACCACAUGUCCCAGAGUCUCUCGGACACACAGCGAGGCUAUUCUCAAAUAGAAAAGGAGGCCCUAGCUCUUGUCACUGCAGUCGAACGCUUUCACAAGUUCCUGUGGGGACGGAG